AUGACAAUUAAUCCGACAGAAUAUGCAUCACAUGAAUACGGAGAACCACCACUCACACCGAGAAACGAUGGAAAAGUUCAAUUUUUGGGCCCAGAUGUUGUCAGAUACAUUUCGCCGCCCCGGGUUGAGGUGGCUAGACAACGAUAUAGACCAUUGGCUCCAGCUCCACCACCUCAACAAACAUACUCAACCGACUCACCACCUCCAACUUAUCAAUCUUCAGUUUAUCCAAUGACCCAGCAACACCCACCACAACCACAAUACAUCCAACAACCCCAAAUGGUACCCGUCUCAAUGCCAAUGAUGACUCCUCAAUACGUGAUGCCUCCUCAAAUGGCUCCAAUGAUAACACAUCAGCCACACAUGAUGUGUAUGCAACAGCCUGUUAUGACACAAAUGGCUCAAAUGAUGCCUCCGGUUCAGUUGACGCCUCCACAGAUGGUACAGCCACAGCAACAACAGACGUCUCCUGCUAUCACACUCUGCAUCAAUCAGUCACCACAACUCGGCGGUAUUCCCGGAGGAAACGGAAACGCGCUCGUUUGUCCGAAAUGUCGGAAGGGGAUUAUCACGAGACAACAGGAUAAAUUCAGAAAGCGUAUCCUAAUGUGUCUCGCCUUCUGCUGCUGCCCCUUGACUUGCGGAAUUCCAUUAUUCUGGAUCUGUUGCAACUACGUGGAUACUUGUGGUGCAUGUGGCAAGAGUUACGGUCAUCGUGGAAAGAAAAACUAUAAGAAGAAGGUCAACGCCGUCACUUUGUAG